AAUAGUCUAAGUGUCCAAUAUAAAAAUGUCGUUUUAUUAUUUGCAAGAAAUUGUCAUGGUGUAUUUAGCAACAUACUCCAGCUUUGUAUUGUCUUUUGCCCAGACAACCGAUCAGUACAAUUUAAACACACUAAGUAAUAAUGAGAGCAUAGACAAUGUAACGUCAACUGAGUCUUUGGAACCAAUAUCCGGCGUCAAAAGUUUUUCAACCGUAUCGAGCACAUCUACGUCCGUGGCAUCCGUUAAUACUGCCUUACCAGCUGACUGUUCGCAACGAGAAAAAAACAGAGGACAACCAAUCGCAAAAAGUUCGUCACGUUUGCGAAAAUGCUGCCCACUUGGGGAAAAUCUUGACAUCUAUCGUGAAAAUCAAAGUGAUUCGAUGUGCGACAAUGGUAUUCUUAAGUUUGAACCUGCUGUAAUAAGCGCAGUUCUGUUUGAUAAUUGCAUUGAGGAUCUGGAAAUUGAAACGAUUCUUCCCUAUGAUAUUGGAAAUCCAUGUAACAGCUCCUUUCAAUAUGAUGAUGAAGAGGAUGUUUUCUUUGUGUUACAAGAUGGAUCUUUAUUAAUUAUCGACCAUGAUAAUGAAUCCUACACCGUCGAAAAAAAUUACUGCUUGGAUAUUGAUAAGACUGGACACUUAUUUGCCUUCACAUGCAUCACGCAAGUUGAAGAACAAAUUGCAUUUGCAAAAGUGGUAAUGGUAGCAGUCCUAAUGCUUAUAUCCAUUCCUUGCCUGCUCUUAGUUAGUUAUUUGCAUCUGACUCUUCGUUUAUUGCGUAACUUGCAUGGACUCUCCCUAAGUUUGAUGUCUUUGUGUUUGGCAUCAGGAUAUUUUGUGCACUCUGUUGUACACAUCUACGAAAUUCCGAACACCGGAUUUAUUGGUUACGUUGUACAGUUUUUUAUACUAAGCUAUUUUUUUUGGUACUUCUGCAUAUGUUUUAAUGUUCUUUUUAAUGUGUGGUACAAGUUGCCUUGCUGUAUACAACUAACAAAGACGUGGGCCACCAUUAAUUUUGUUUGCUAUUGUUUAAUUUCUUUUACGGGACCUGCAACUUUGGUUGCGCUUACUGUGCAAAAAGGACUUCCAGGUAUGCCAUCAUACUUUCUGCAAGGACUUACCGAAUCUAUUCGAGAAUCACAGCGCUACUUCAUACCUCCUGUUUCUACAAUUUUAAUUUGUAGUUUUUUGGUUAACAUAAUAUCAUUCUUUGGGUUUCAACGCAUUAAUGGCUAUUCACAGGCAGAGAAGAAUGAUCAUGCUGGGCCAAGUGAUGCCAUAUUUGAUCUGCAAAAAUACGAAGACGUGAAAAAAGAUGCGAAAUGCGUCAGUUUACUGGGUAUUAUUAUGAUAAUAAGCUGGCUUCUUGAAAUAGUCACAUUUUACUCAGGGUCCAACUCCAAUUACUUGCUUCUGUGCGACAUGGUGAAUGGUCUGCAAGGAGUUUGGGUAUUGCUAAUUUUUCUUGUAGUACGUAGACGUCGUACAAUAAUUUUGCGUUGGUGGUAUGAUCGUGGUUCACAUAAAAUUGAAGGUACAGAGCUGCAGGAGCUUGAUAAAAAUGUAAAUCAUAUAUAGUUUUAAUGGCCUGUAAAUUUUUUUUAAUAAUAGGAAAAUAAACAUAGUUAUCA